GAGGCUGGAGUUCUGGAGGUAAACUUGGGUGGAUGGGCUGGCUGCCGUCAAUGGCUUAGCAACCAAAAUCACUUACACCUUAAGUGUGGCUCGCCCAUUCCUGGCUCAGCCCACGGAACUGAACGAACCAGAACGCAGUCCAUCUGUUUGUUAAAAAGGAAGCAUGUGCAUGUGAAGAAACCGCUGAACGCGUUCAUGCUUUUCAUGAAAGAGAAACGAGCCCAAGUGAUGGCUGAGUGCACCUUGAAAGAGUCAGCUGCGAUCAACCAGAUUCUGGGUCGAAAAUGGCACGCACUGUCGCGUGAAGAACAAGCCAAAUACUAUGGUCUGGCUCGCGUAGAAAAAGAACGUCAUCAACGCAUGUAUCCCGGAUGGUCGGCACGUGACAAUUAUGCGUGUCAGGUGAAACGUCGUAAAAAACGUGCGGGACGUGAUAAUGCACGCUAUGCCAACAGAUCCAUGGCUCUCACAUCACGCAAUCACUCCUUUUUUCUACGUACAUUUAUGUGUGAAGCCAUUCAGUAUCAGCUGGUUUGGCCUUCACAGCGUGAGAGCCUCUCUUUAUCUGGACGAAUGGAUCACGAGCCAUUGUGCUGA